AUGCAGCUUCCAACUCACAAUCUGCGCAAUCUGGCGCAUCACGAUCAAUCUGCCGAGCCACCACAACACUACGCACCUAAAAAGAACUCGGGCAGUGUGGUCUAUACAUACCUGCGCCGCGUGGGCGUGCGCUUUGAGACGGUGAGCCUUCGUUGCAUCCGACGCUGGCUCGUCAUCUCGCUGCUGUCGUGGGUUGUCUACGGCCUCUUCCUCUACUUCCACGCACGCUCCACCCUCGGGUCUUGCGUCUUCGAUGCGGCGCCCUACCGCCAGACUCUCUUCGAACUCGAGAACCAACGCGUGCAGCACUCCCUGCGCUAUCUGUCCUCCUUUGCCAACACCGCCAAAGAGGAGGGCCACCAGGACGUUCCUGGCCAAAAGGAGCUGUGCAUGGUGAUCACAACAGUGGACCGACAUGGCGCGAGGUACCUGCUCCAGUCCGCAGCCUCCGUACUGCGCGGGCUCACAGAAGAGCAGAGGAAGAACAGCGAGCUUCUCAUAGUCAAUGCAGACGUGAAGCAGACAACGCCCACCUAUGAGUCCGACCUGAACCUGCUGCGGCAGAUCCCCCGCGUGACAGUGAUCAAGAAGAGCGAUGAGCGCCCCGAGCCGAUCCCCUUCUCCGAGGAGGAGGACGCCUUCCUCUACUGGCUCGCCAAGGAGCGAGGCGACUACGUCUACGGCCUCAACCAAUGCCGCCGAAGGAACCCCAAGUACAUUAUUCUGUUCGAGGAUGACGUGUGGGCCGCGCGGAACUGGUACACGCGGUUGAUGAACCAGAAGCAAGUCUCCUCCAAGAAGGCCGACGAUGACGAACAACUCCUGAUCAACGAGGAGGCCCAGCGCGCGGGCGGCGGGCCGCCCAGGGCGCUCGACAUUCGGCGCGAGAGGCCCGAGGAGAGGGACUGGGCCGUCGUGAAGCUCUACAUGGCCGAGCAGUACGACCAGUUCGACCUCUACCUCAACAACGACGACAUCGCCUUCUUCGUCUCGUGGGGCGUCGGCUGGGGCCUCUUCGCCAUCGCCGCCUACGUGGCCUAUCUCUUCUUCGCCCGAUGGCAACACCGAGGCCUCCAUGUACAGACGAGGCGGUCGGAGGGGUUCGGAGGCCUCGGCGAGGGCGUGGUGGCGCCGAUUCUGAAGGAUUGGCGAACGAUCAUCGCCAACGAUUGGAACACGCUGUUGUGUCUAUUCUUCAUCGUCAACAUCGUGCCCGCCGCGGUGCUCUUCCCCGUGUGCGUCACCAAGCAGAACUUCUUCGCCACCAGGAAGGCCGAUGGCAUUCACAUGACCAAGGCGCGGUGCUGUGCGCAGGCGCAGUUCUUCAAGAACGACCCCAUGUUCGAGCAGAUGGUGAGCUGUAUCAACAUGAACGACUACCGUCUCUACCCGCUCGGCGUGGAUCUGCUGGUGAGCGAUUGCGCGCGAGGCGUGGGCGGUGUGGUUUACGAAACCAUUCCACACCUGUACCAGCACAUCGGGAUCCAUUCUUCGUCAUCGGUCAAGCGGAAGCACCAGGACCACCACGCCUGGCUACCACACAUGAGCGUGUACUUCGAGGAAGAAGAGUGA